AACAUGAAGAAUCUGCUCCAGAAAGACGAGAAAAAAGAUGAACCCCAGCAGGCGAUACCGUGCGACCACAAGACGGCCUCGCGAUGCCUGCUCAACCUGAUGCCCGUGGUGUCGGAGACGGUGAGCGGCACGCUGCUCAACGGCACUUUCCUGCCCGACAUCUGUCUCGAGGUGGUGCACGAGCGCGCAUUCUCCAAGCUGCCCUUUGCCAAGGUCGCCCUCACGGUCGUCCUGUUCGCAGACAUCUCGGGCUUCACCGCGCUCACGGAGACGUACUCUAUGACCGGAGCGCUCGGCAUCGAAGCUCUGACCCGGACGCUGAACCACUUCUUUGGUCACAUCAUUCAACAUAUCUUUACUGCUGGCGGAGAUAUCUUCAAGUUCGCUGGCGACGCCCUUUUCUGCAUCUGGAAAGUUGACGACGAGAGCACCCUGGCCGAAACCAUCCAGACGGUGGUUGACUGCAGCCUGAACAUUCAGAAGAACUACGGCGAAUGGCCCACCUGCAUCGGUGUCACCCUGCGUGUCAAGAUUGGCAUCGCGACUGGGUUGCUCGAGUACCACUUCUUCAACGACGAGUACGACUCCGUCCACUAUUCUGCCAGCGGCACCGUGGUGGAGUACGUUCGCAACGCCGAGAUGCUCUGCACGGCCGGCGACAUCAUACUCACCACCGAGGCCUGGAGCUACUUGGAGAAGAAGGGCGUCAACACGCGCUACACCUACACCGCGCUGCCGGAGGAUAUGGUCAAGGUAUUGCAGCUGCGUCUCGAUGACGCUAUGCGCAUGCGCGACAGAACACGGCCGCAUAUGAUUCACUUGCAUGCACGAUAUUUGUGCAAAAAUUCACCAGAAGUCCUGUGCUUCGACCCUGGCGUCACUGAAGAGGAAAAGGUGUCCUUCACAUCCGCCUUCGCUGGAGUGCGGCCCGCUUUGUACGCCCUCAACUUCGAAGAUACACCUCUGCUCAGGCGGUUCAUCUCGCCGGUGGUUGUCAACAUCAAGACUCAGGAGGAGCUGAUCUUCCUGUCUGAGAUGAGGCACGUGACCAUCGUAUUCAUUUGCAUGCCUGAUUUCAUCGACAUCGACCUGCCCACGCUGUCUGCGCUCUAUAGAAUAGUCAGCGCCGCCCUGAAGGAGUUUGACGGUGUUCUCAACAAAGUCAUCACAUUUGAUAAAGGGUGCUCCUUCCUAGCCGUUUUCGGUCUGCCCGGAUACAAGGGCAAGAACGAGACCUGCAACGCGCUCAUGUGCUGCAACAAACUCGUGCACGAAGUUGCGGCCAUGACCAUGUGA